AUGGAGAACCACUCAGAAAAGUCUGAGCAAGCUCUAAGGGCUACUUUAGGUUCUGACACGGCUCCCAUCGUCUCUUCUAAGAAUCUUCGGAAGGCAGACGAAACUUCCAGGAAUGGUUACGUUCGUGUCUUCAAAUACAAUGACACAAUCGGAUGGGUCACAACUGCCAUAGCAGUUGUCUGUAUGAUUGUUGCUGGAGUUCUACUACCCCUCAUGAACUUCAUCUUCGGCAAAUUCGUUACCAUCUUCAACGACUUCAUCACGGGUCGGAAGACUCCCUCAGAGUUUCGAUCAUCCAUCAACCAAUACACACUCUACUUCGUCUAUCUUUUCGUCGCAAAGUUUGUUCUCGCUUACGUAUGGACGACCAUCAUUUCGAUUAAUGCGAUCCGUAUAACGCGUGCACUCCGUCUCGACUUCCUCAAGCAGACACUGCGACAGGAGAUUGGUUACUUUGAUUCAUCAGAGCUAGGAUCCAUCUCUGGAAGUAUCAACAACGGCGGCAAUCUUGUCAACCAGGGCAUAUCUGAGAAAUUCGGCCUAACGGUGCAGGCUACAACCACCUUCUUUGCUGCGUUUAUUGUCGCAUUUGCUGUCCAGUGGAAGCUAACACUCAUUACUUUGUGUAUUGUACCUGCCAUUCUGAUAGUCAUCACUAUAUGUGUCACCAUCGAUAGCAGGAUCGAGAACAAGCUUAUGGCCACAUGGAGCUCAGCCGAUAAGUUGGCUGAGGAGGUGUUUGCCAGCAUUCGUAACGUGCACGCAUUCUGGGCGUAUCCGAAGCUGUCUCGCAAAUACGAAAGCAUUGUAGAUGACGCAAAAAGGCUUGGAAAAAAGAAGCUUCCGAUCUACGCUGUCAUGUUCUGCAUCCAAUUCUUCUGCAUUUAUGCAGGCUACGGAUUGGCGUUUUGGCAAGGGAUUCAUAUGUAUUACCGUGGAGAAAUCACUGCACCAGGCGAUAUUGUCACGGUCAUUCUUGCGGUGCUUCUUGCUGCUCAAGGCCUAACACAGAUCGCUCCUCAAAUUAUGGUGGUAGCGAAAGCUAGAGCGGCAGCGGGUGAUCUUUUCAAAACGAUAGACCGAGAAUCUCAAAUCGACUCACUGUCAACACAAGGUCUCAAACCAUCUGAAUGCCGGGGAGACAUCGUCUUUGAUAACGUCGAUUUUGCCUAUCCGUCUCGGCCGAAUGUCCAAGUUCUGAAAGGGCUAGGCCUCAUCAUACCUGCCAACAAAACAACCGCCAUCGUCGGAGCAAGUGGCUCGGGGAAAAGCACUAUUAUCGGUCUAUUAGAGAGGUGGUUCUCUCCUCUUAGUGGCAGCAUUACCGUUGAUGGACAAAGGAUUGAAGAUCUCAACAUUCGAUGGUUAAGAACAAACAUUCGGCUUGUACAGCAGGAACCAGUUCUUUUUAAUGGCACGAUCUUCCAGAAUGUUGCCUAUGGUUUAUCUGGCACGCAAGAGGCAGACUUCUCGGACGAGAACAAGUUCAAGCUCGUGAAAGAGGCUUGUGAAGCAGCCUACGCCCAUGACUUUAUCGAGAAUCUUCCCAAGGGCUACCACACACAAAUUGGCGAGCGUGGGGCUAUGCUCUCUGGAGGGCAGAAACAACGCUUAGCCAUUGCAAGAAGCGUCAUAUCGAAUCCUCGAAUUCUUUUAUUAGACGAGGCUACCAGUGCCUUGGACGCGAAUGCUGAGCAUAUUGUUCAAAAAGCAUUGAGCAACGUUGCAGUAGGCCGGACCAUGGUGGUCAUUGCUCAUAGGUUGUCAACUAUCCGUGAUGCUGACAACAUCGUUGUGAUGUCAAAGGGUACAAUAGUUGAGCAAGGUACUCACAAAAAGCUCAUUGAGCUUGGCGGAGGCUACUCCCGACUUGUUCUUGCUCAAGAUAUUGGUAAAGAAAACCGAAGCAAUAACCAACAAGAACAAUAUACUUCUAACGAUCACACUGAGAAGGCGAAUGUCGACAAAGCCAAAUCUAGAUCCGGCGGCGAAGAUGGCGCUCCAGAGAUGGCGAGGCACAAGGUCUCCAAUUACAAUCUACUCAAGUGUCUAUCCAUUAUAAUAAGAGAACAGAAGAGCCUGCGGUUUCCAUUUGCAGUCAUCGCCGUGGCAGCAACAAUAGGGGGUGGCACUUAUCCAGCACUUGCAGUUCUAUUUUCGAGAAUUCUCGAUGCCUUUGCUCUCACAGGGGAUGCCAUGCUUCACCGUGGGGACUUCUAUGCUCUGAUGUUCUUUGUCAUGGCACUUGGCAACCUAGUCGCCUACCUGAUCCUUGGUUGGAUGUCGGCCACGAUAUCCCAAGGCAUCAUGAACUACUAUCGGCUCGAUAUCUUCAACAAUAUCCUACGUCAGAAGAUGGAGUUUUUUGACGACCCUGACAACACAACUGGUGCGCUCGCCUCCCGACUUUCCACCGAGCCAACGGCACUUCAGGAUCUACUAUCUUCCAACAUCGCACUGAUCCUUACAAUCAUGGUUAAUCUCGUGUCAAGCUGUGUAUUAGCCAUUGCAUAUGGUUGGAAACUUGGUGUUGUGUUGACCUUUGGUGCUUUGCCUCCUCUUGUCGCAUCCGGAUACGUCCGCAUCCGGCUCGAGUUCAAGCUCGAUGAUGACACAGCAUCACGAUUUGCCAAUAGUGCGGGGAUUGCUUCUGAAGCUGUCCUGGCUAUCCGCAGUGUUGCCUCUCUGGCUCUUGAGCACGAGAUUCUUGCUAGCUAUGAGGACAGUCUCCGAUCGAUUGCCAAGACCUCUGUCAGGAGCCUUGAAUCGAAGAUCUCUCUGAUGGAGCUUUAG